AUGGCAGAGGCAGUAGGACUGGCCCUCAGCGUGCUGCCAAUCGUCAUCUGGGCCUUGGAAAAGUACUCUGAGCCGUUCGAGGCCUACAGCAGCUAUCACAAUGCGAUUAGCACGCUGCAGGCCAAUCUGCAGAUCCAGCGGAUGCAUCUCGAGGCCACUUUUCAGAGCAUCGGCCUGCGGCAUCCGACGCCUCGCGAGCUGCAUGAGUGCCUGCAGCACAAAUUCCCACAGAACCACAAUGAGCUCCUCUUUAUUAUUCGGCAGAUGGACGACCUGAUGGUGAGGUUGAUGGAGAAUCUGCAAGUAGACAUAAGCCGAAAACCCCUCUGGACGCACGAGUCUCCCGAAAGAGCAGCCUGGGAAUGGCGCCGCGUCAAGCGCAGCUUCCGCGCAAACAAAUGCGACAGGAUCAUCCACGACCUGCGCAACUGGAACGACGACCUGAGGCAUCUCAUCAACAGCGCAGAAACUUUGCCGGAUGAUGAGAGCUACGCCGUAAGGAGAGUGAGGCGGCUGUAUAAUCGGAGCAACUGCGAGUCUGUACGAAGCACUCUCAGAUCUCUCCACCGCGCUCUCCAGCAUGGGCUGAGUGGUGACGGCGCCGAGUGCCAUCAAGUGUGCAUCGAGCUGAAUAGUCUUCAUGUAGGAGGCUUUCCGCUGCUGACAUUUCGUAUCGGGAUUCUGCAUGAGCCGAGUGGACCUCGGACGAGUCCAUGGAAGCUCUUCUAUGCCGCUGGCGAGGCGGUCAGAGAGAAUUCAGGAACGAUAUCGCCGCCGAUUUCAUUAUCUAGACCCUCGACUCUACGAUCAAGGCGAUCGUCUUAUUCGCAGGGAUUGCGAGACAGGGCUCAUACCAGUGUGGAAGACGCAUCAAUCUCGUCUGCUACACCAAUAUUACCAGAACGUGUCACAAUACGCCCUCGGCCAAUAACGAACCUCUGCGAGAAAUUAGAAUCCGCUGCCGCCGGAGAAGGAUUUGGCUCCAUCAAAGAUCUUGACGACCCUUCAUCACCUCACGAGCGAACAUUUUCAUUAAGUCACCUCUCUCGUAACCAUGACACGGUAAUCAGAGAUGUCUCGCUCGAAAAGAUCCUCGCAACAGAGUCCCAGCGAGUAGCUCCCGCCAUCCAACCUCUCUCCGCAAAGAGACGAUACGGCAUCGCCGCUUCUCUCGCAUGGGCGGUGCUGUAUCUCGCAGACAGCCCCUGGCUCGCCCAAGGCCUAGACAGACGCAAGAUCAAGUUAUUCCUGCAGAGAAAGCAAUCCAGCGGCUACAUCAGCCUCUCAGAAAAAGCAUACCUCUCAUGCCUCAUCUCUAAACCAACAUCCCUACCAUCGCCAGCAUCGUCCACCACCUCACUACGAAAAGGCACCGCCCCAAAGAAUCUCAUCUUCGAGCUGGGAAUCCUCCUCAUCGAACUCGCCGUCAACCAAUCCUUCAGCGAAGAAUCCCUCUCCGCCAUUCUCAAGGACGACUUCCGCCCGCUAAAGCUACAUCUCAAUCGUGUAGAGCAAGAGGCCGGGAUAUAUUACUUCAAUGCCGCGCAACGAUGCGUAUACGGCGUCUUUCUAGCAGAUCAGGGCCAGAUGGACUUUGAUCUGGACAAGUUCCAGCAUGAGUUUUAUAGUACAGUUGUGGCGCCUUUGCAAGCAACGUAUGAUUCACGAUAG